AUGAAGAUCACAGUUUUGGCUUUUGUCGUGUGCUGCUUAGCAAUUGAAUGGCCCUGGGAAGACGGGGAAGACUCAUCCAGUGUGCAGUCCUCUGUUACUACUGUACAAUCUGGUAGUGUGGAGUUUACUAAGACUAUUAGGACUUAUGCACCAACAAGUACAAAAUGCCCAUCGGGUUCCAUAGUAAGAGAGGCUUCUUCUCUUCAUUCAAGUGAGAAGGAUUAUAUGGCGAGGCGACAUGAACAAACAAACGAAAACUUGGCAGCUUUCCUCUCUGAUAGAGCCCGUCUCAGCAAUUUUGAUGCUCAAGCGUUUAUCGAGAAGACCAAGAAUCUCCAUAAUAUUACCAUCGGCUUAGCCUUUAGUGGAGGUGGAUACCGGGCAAUGUUCAGCGGAGCUGGAGAGUUGUUGGCUUUAGAUGAUCGAUAUGAAUAUCUGAACAAAUCUGGCCUUGGCGGACUACUCCAGAGUUCAUCGUAUAUCACGGGGCUUUCAGGCGGUAGCUGGUUAGUGGGAACUCUUGUUCUAAAUGAUUGGAUGACAGUGGAAGAAGCAAUUCUGCCAGAUAGUGGAAUUUGGGAACUUGAGAACCUGAUUUUUAAUCCUAGUGGUAUCAAUGUGUUUCUGACUUUGAAAUACUACCAGUCAUUGCGCACGGCUGUGGAGGGCAAAGCAAAUGCCGGAUUCGAAACUUCAAUCACUGAUGUAUGGGGAAGGGCACUUUCAUACCAAUUUUUCAAUCCAGAUACAACGUAUAAUGGAGGCGAAAACAUUACUUGGACAAGUAUAAGAGCCUUGAGUCACUUCAAGAACCAGCUGAUGCCGUUUCCGAUCAUAGUCGCCAAUGGGAGAAGUCCAGGCACACUCAUAGUCAACGAGAAUUCGACUGUUUUCGAAUUCACUCCGUAUGAACUUGGCUCGUGGGAUCCAAGUCUCAACAGUUUCGUUGAUCUCAAUUUCUUAGGCACUACUCUCGACAACGGUCGACCCAAAAACAACACGUGUUACACUAACUUUGACAAUGCUGGUUUUGUCAUGGGAACACUGUCGUCACUUUUCAAUCAGGCAUUGCUCCGCGUUCAAUCUUCGUCAACCUUGAACUGGGCAGUUAAAAAAUUGCUCACGUUGAUUCUCAGUCCUUUCUCCGAGAAUAACGUAGACAUUGCUACUUACAAGCCAAAUCCAUUCUUCAAUGGUGAAUUUGGUGCUUCAGAAACAAUCGCUUCCGAUGAAACUUUGCACUUAGUGGAUGGUGGAGAAGACAUGCAAAAUGUUCCAUUGUAUCCUCUUAUCCAAAAGGAACGGAAAGUGGAUGUUAUCUUUGCAUAUGACAACUCGGCUGAUGUACACAAUUGGCCGAAUGGCUCAUCACUAGUGUAUACCUACGAACGUCAGUUUUCUCCUCAAGGAAAAGGCACUCCUUUCCCAUAUGUCCCCUCAGUGGAAGAAUUUAUGACUCUGGAUCUCUUCGGGAAACCGGUCUUUUUCGGGUGUGAUGCGUCAAAUUUGACAGAUUUGGUGGGCUACCAUGAACUGGAAGGCAACUCAACUGAUGUUCCUCUCGUUAUUUAUAUUCCCAAUCUGUAUCAUCUGUUCGAGUCAAAUACUUCGACCUAUGAAAUGAGUUACUCUCCGAAGGAGAUUCAUAAAUUCAUUGAAAACGGGUUUGAGGUGUCUUCUCGUGGGAACUACUCUCAAGACAGAAAAUGGCCCACAUGCGUCGGAUGUGCAAUUAUUCGCAGGCAGCAAGAGAGAUUGGGAGAAGAACAGUCAGAAGAAUGCAAAGAUUGCUUUGCCAAUUACUGUUGGACGGGUGGUUUAGAGGAUUCCCCGCAAAGGUCUAUUGGUCCUUUCAAAUCUGCGGAUCUCACCCUGGCAAGUUCAGCGGCAUCUAAAAUCUCUUCGAAGUCUGAUUCUAAUUUCUCUAGUUCGAGUACUGAUUCUACUCCCGACAGCUCUUCAGGUUUAUCUACGUCUAGAACUGCAAACACAAAUUCUCAAUCUUCGGAUUCCCGACUGUCAAGUCUGCGGAUCAACGGGAGUCAGGGAAAAAGGAUGGGAAAGUAUAUCUAUGUUCUCGCGCUCUUUGCAAAUAUGGCCAUGUGA